AUGAGCUCCUGGAUUAACGAGGCCGCUGCCGUCCAAAACCACAAUGGCAACGGCUUCCCACACAUGAACGACCCGAAUAACAUGGGUGUAGGCGGAGGAAUCGGCGCUGGUCCGGGUGGCAUGAUGGAUCCCUCGGCCUUUAUGGCAAAUGCUGCCCAGUUCAACCACGUUGCUGCUGGCCAGUUUAACCCUCAACAGAUGGCUGCUGCUAUGCAGAAUGGCCCUAUGCGCAAUGCCUCGCCUUCCUUCUCGAAUCCCGCAUAUCAAACUAACCCAGUCAUCCCCUCGAAACGACCUCGACCUAGAGAAGAUAGCAUUGGCGCGUCUCCGCGACAGAAUCCCGGCAUGCUGCCGACAUCGCGCGCAGACACGCCUCAACAAUCACCUUUUCCGGGCUUCCAGCCAAAUGCGAUGCAGCCGCAAAAUCAUAAUCAACCGCAACAUUAUCCCCAUUUACAACCCAAUGGCUCGACGAACGCGUCUCCAUCACCCGUAAUGGCUGGCAACCAGCUGCGUCCGGGAAGCGUGCCGCAACGCGUCAAUACCGCGUCGCCGCAUCCUUUCUCCCCAGCUUCUCAGCAAUUUGGUCCUCAAGCAUCGCCAGUUCCAUCAGAUCAUAGCGGCACACCUCAGCCGGGCAUGUUCAUGAACCCGCAGAAUUUCCCGCAAGGUUUCAAUCCGGGCUAUACACCCGGCGCGUCGCCUGCCAGGCCACCCUCGGCCCAGAACCCCAUGGCGCAACACAUGAUGCCUCCGUCUAUGGGACAAAUGCCACAACAGAUGCCUCAGAUGCACCCGAGCCAGAUGGUCACGCAACAAAUGCAGCAGAUGCAACAAAUGCAAGCGGCGCAAGGACGUGGCGCGAUGGACCAGCAGAAGAUGCUAUACCACAUGCGUCUGCAACAACAGCUUCAGCAGGGCGGUAUGCCGAUGGCAGCGCAGAUGCAGGCCCAGAAUAUGGCUCAAGGCCGAGGCAUGAUUCCUAAGCAAGGAAUGCCAAUGCAGAACGGCCAGAUGCCACCUGGUGUUAUGCAUGCUCAGCAGGCUUCGCAAAUACAACGAGCUAAUAACCCGGAAGCGUUCGUGAAAAAUCUGACGGCGUUUAUGAAUAUGAGACAACUUCCCUUGGAUACAAAUCCCGUUAUUGAAGGCCGACCCUUACAUCUACUUCAACUGUUCCAGAAUGUUUCCAAAUAUGGCGGAUAUAGGAACGUGACCGGCCGCAACCUUUGGACGCAGGUCGCCGCGUCGGUUGGCCUUAAUCCACAACAAAUCCCUUCGGCCCCCGCCCAAAUACGAGGCAUAUAUGAACAAAACCUGUUAAAGUUCGAGGAGUUCUGGACAAUGCAGCAAAGAAGUCAGCAUAUUAAGCAGCAAGUAGGCGGAUCAGCGGGUAUGCCUGGCAUGCCGGGUCAAGGCGUACCGCAGAGAAUGGGCCAGCUACCUCAUGGACAGCCCAUGCAGACUGGACAAGUCCCGCAGAUGCAACAACCACAUGUACAAACACCUAUUAAACAGAUGCCACCUGCAAUGCAGCAGGCUAGCGUCAACGGGUUUUCGACACCACAACAGCCACGGAUAAAUCAGCAGCAACCCAAUGCAAACCAAGCACACGUAAGAAAUAGUAUAUCACGAAACAUGGAUGCCAGGCAGCCGAGCGGUGAUUUUUCUGUUCAGUCUCCCGCAUCAACCGGUAAGAAUGGGAGUAUAUCGGUACAACCCAUAGCUCAGCAGGUGGAUAGUGCACAUACGAAUGGUACCACGGCCAGCUUGCCUUUUCCAGGACCUUUCGCAACAGAUCAAAACGAAUACGCACCCUGUUCUCGGGAGUUACUGCCGGGCUUGUAUGGCGGCUUUGAUCUUGAGUCGAUACGAAAAUUAGGGAACGAUUUGGAAAAAUGGAGGCCAGAUGUUCCGCAACCUCAGGAGCUUGGCAAUAUUGAUCUCCACGCUCUUACGAAAAGUCUACAAUGUGGUAUACAUGGAGAGGUACGAUUAGCUCUCGAUGUUCUAGGCUCCGUGUCGCGCGCUGCGGAGUAUAUACCAAACCUGUCGAUCGACUUGAGAGCUUGCGACGAUUUGGUGGAAUGUCUCAUAGAUUGUGCAGAAGAACAAGUCGACCUCCUCGCAGACAAGGCAGAUCCAGUGUCAGAUGAGAUCGACCUGACGUCCUACGAGGAUGUCAUGCGGAGCUGCCGCCUCGAAGCCAUCAGCCUUCGCAAGCCUCAUGUGUUGGGAGACGCUGAAUACGAGCUUGAACACGCUGCUGAUCGUCUGCUGGCAAUAACUACCAUACUACGGAACUUUUCCUUCAUAGAAGCGAACCAAGCAAUCCUUGCUGACGAAAUUGUAGUCAAGUUCCUUUGCAGUACGAUACGAUCUUUAGGUACGCAUGAUAACUUGCUGCGAGCCCCAAGGAAUACGCUCGAUUUCAUGAAAGAUGUUAUAGUUUUGCUGUCGAAUAUUGCCAGCUCGGUUGAGAUACCUGGUCGCGAACAGGCACUUUGUCUACUCCAAUUUCUUCUUGCCUUCGCACCGUCCCCAGGCCCUUCCCUAACGACAGAGCGGGUGGUCUUUUCGCCAUAUGAGCCUUCACUUCACCCUUACCUGCCACACGCAGUAGACUCAUUAGCUAAACUUUUGGCGCGCGACGAACCGAAUAGAACGCACUAUAAGAUUAUCUUCGCAUCUGACGCCGCCGCCUCGCCUCCUUAUGAGCUUCUCACGCGGACUUUCGGCCUAGCGGUCUGCCCCGUUCCAGACCAAAACAAGGAAAGCCGUCCGGCAAAUCUACCAUCCUUUGUCGAGGCACGAAAGGCAUUGUUAAUGCAAGGGUUACUUGCCGCAGAUAUUAUCGCGCAGCUAGCACCAGGUUAUGAGUCCGGGGUAACGCGCGCUUGGCUAUCGUCUGGGGAAGGUUUUGCGCAGAACCUUUUCCGUCUUAUUCGUACGCUCUGUACACAAGCGGAGCCGACACCCCGCAUAAGCGGCAACCCCAGAGCUCAACCACGCGAGGACAUGGAUAUCCUGUAUAUUAUUACGUGCGGUGUCUCUACCCUCAGGAAGCUAAGUGAGAAGGCAAGAGAUCCAAAUAAUCCGGCCAGCAUCCCAGCAAACGCUCUUCCCACAAGAGAAAGCCUCUUCGGGGCGUUGCAAAGUCUCAAGAGCCCUAAGUGGACAUUUCUACUAAAUCAACUGAGUACAUAUGCUGGAUUGGAAAGCUGA